AUGAGGUCUGUAGCAGUGUGGAGCGUACAGAACAAACCGGCCGACCUAAGCAGACUGUUCGAGCGAGGCAGUGCAAGGGUCAUUAGCUCCCUUCACGGUUCACAUGCUCGCCCACCGGUCACUACUCCGACAGCUUUUCGUAUCGUGAAUUGUGGCGGUUUACUGGUAACACCAGUUACCACUGAUAAGAGCAAACGUAUGCAGGACAGUUCCGUAUCAAUCAUUUUCUGA